GACACUUCACCAGGUCUAAGUUGCAUAAACAAUAAUGCACUUGGAAAUGAAAAAGCCUUAUCUUCUCAUUGAUUUUUCUGAGUACUUACGGAUAAAUGUGUACGUAUUAGGCGCUGUCUUCUUACAGCUCUGCAAACUUCUAAGCCUUGAAGAGCACCCAAUUGUUCAAAAGCCUGUAGACCCUAGCCUAUUUAUUCAUCGGUUUGUGAACCGUUUAUGUGGUAAGAGUGAGACGAAUCCAAAUCUUUCCCGUACUGCACUUCACAUUGUUGCUAGUAUGAAGCGAGAUUGGAUGCAGACAGGGAGAAAACCAAGUGGGUUAUGUGGAGCUGCACUUUAUAUAGCUGCUCUUUCAUAUGGGCUGAAGUUCUCUAAGUUAGACAUUAUCAGGGUUGUACAUAUUUGUGAAGCAACACUGACAAAGCGUUUAAUUGAGUUUGAGAACACUGAUUCUGGGAGCUUAACGAUUGAAGAGUUCAAUGUAAGGGCUUUGGAGCUUGAAAAAGAGCAGAUGUUUAUUGCUGCACAAUACCCUGUGUCAAAAGAAUCUGGAAUGAGUGAAUUGCUGUGUGAACACAAAGGAAGUGGAAUGCCUUCCUUCGCCCAUGGCCUUUGUGAAAGCUGUUAUACCGAUUUUAUAACACUUUCAGGUGGGCUUGAUGGGGGGUCAGAACCUCCAGCCUUUCAACGGGCAGAAAAGGAAAGGCUAAUGGCAAAGGAAUCUGACGAUAAUAACCGUGAGGAUUUAGAUAUACUCAUGUCUUCUGAAGCUGAGAACAAUGUCAGUGACCUUGAGUCUGCUAAAGGACAUGUUAAGAAUGCAAAUGGGAAUGAAGCAUCGCUGGGAAAGGAGUCUGAAUUGAAAGAUUUUGAUUCUACACCUGAAGCUAUGCAGGAUGGGCCUCCUCAGUAUGAAUCAGAUAGAUUUUCCGACAUCGAUGACGCAGAGGUUGACACAUAUUUACAUAAUGAAGAGGAGAAGCGGCUGAAAAAGAUUAUUUGGGAGAAAAUGAAUAAAGAGUAUCUUGAGGAACAAGAAGCUAAAGAAGCCGCUGCAUUAGCUGAAAAAAAGGCUUUUGAGUCUAAAUUCACUGAUCCUGAGGAGAUGGAAGCUGCACGAAAGCUUGCUGCAGCAGCUGCAGCUGCUGUGUCUAAGUCUAAAAAGGAAAAGCAACAGCAAAGAGCUGCAGAAUUGAAGAAAUCUGGUCCUGCAAAAACUGCCGCAGAAGCCACACAGAAAAUGCUGAGUAGAAAGAGGAGCUCUAUGGUGAACUUGGAUGUAUUGGACACACUUUUCGAUGAACCUCCUCUUCCUGACAAUCUCAAGAAAAGCCGGAAUGAUGGACUGGACGAGGAUGUUGACCUUACAGAAGAUGGAGACGACUUUAUAACAGAGGAGACCGGAGAAGAAUGGAUGGCCGGUGGAGGGGAAUAUGGCAAUGAGGAAAACUAUGCCGAGUACGACCAAACAACCUAUGAUUACGAUGAUGAAAACCAAUAUGAUGAUGAAUAUGGCAAUGACUAUUGAACUGGUGGAGGGGGAAUAUGGCAACGAGGAAAAAUAUGCAGAAUACGAAACAACCUAUGGUUUUGAUGAUGAACAACACAAUAUGGUGAAUGUUGCGAGGGCUAUUCGAUUGUCUGUACUUGUUCAUUUUUGCUCAUUUUAUACAAUAUGUAGUAGUUCAGUAAUUUGUAUACAUGUCCAUUUGUGGUGUUUGAGAUAUAUUUAUUGUUUAUAUAAUCUAGUAAUUGUACUGUUCUUUCACCU